GGGUAAUACCUAAAUUGUGGCGUUGUUCAGUCCUCGCGUGCAGACCGCAGAAACGGCAGAAACGCAGUUGGAAAUUUCCAAUAGCUUAUAUUAUUAAUUAUUAUUAUUAGUCAUUGCUCAUUAUUAUAUGGUCGUACCGUACGACUACGACAUUCAUUCAUUAUUUGUUGCUCCGAGUGCUUCGACGUUCGCUACCAUCAAUCCGCGACCUACGAGCUACAACUCACAAGACUUGUGUCCUUCACUAGUGCAUCAUAACGCAACACAUCCUGCGUACUUAAGAUUAUUUGCAAUACACAUUGAUACCUACCAAUAAAGACAAAUAAAAAUGGCUGACAAUCAAUCUUCUGAUAUGGAAGUAGAAGGCUAUGAGAAUGCAAUACUACCUUCAUCAAGUGGAUCAAAAUUACCACGAUUAAGAGUAUUGUCUCUCUUUGACGGAAUUGGCACAGGGUAUUAUUCAUUGUUGCAGUUAGGGUUUGAUGUUGAAGUAAUUUAUGCUAGUGAAAUAGAUAAAGAUGCUUUAAUGUUAACUAAAUAUCAUUUUUCCGGCAACAUUAAACAAUUGGGUUCGGUCACUGAAAUAACCACAGAAAUGUUGGAUAAAAUUGCACCAAUAAACCUGCUUUUCGGUGGUUCACCAUGUGCUGACCUAUCUGGCGUCAAUUAUCGAAAAAAAGGACUUUUUAAUCCAGAUGGAAGUGGUAUAUUGUUCUUUGACUUUUACCGUGUUUGGAACUAUCUUAGUGUAAAAGCUGCUAGAGAAAAUACACCUUUUUAUUGGUUAUUUGAAAAUGUGGCAAGYAUGGAAAUCAAAAAUAGAGAUACCAUUUCAAAGUUUUUUGAAUAUCAACCAAUUAUUUUUGAUUCAUUACACUUCAGCCCACAGCGACGUAGACGAUAUUUUUGGUCUAAUUUCCCGGGUAUUAAACAGUUGGCUUAUUCUCGGGAGAUGGAUGACUAUGAAAUGAUUGAUUCAAAACUUGAAGAUUAUUUAGAGAAGAAUUUAGACCGACAGGCUAAUGUAGUAAAAAUUGGUACCAUCACUUCAAAAAGAAGUUGCUUACAAGAUAGCAGAUCUAGAAAUCCUGUAUGUCAAGACGGACAAUGCACUGGCUUAUUUAUAACAGAGAUUGAAGCAAUCUUUGGAUUACCUCCACAUUUUACAGAUAUUGGAGAUUUGUCAAUAUCUAGUCGCCAGAAACUUCUGGGAAGAGCUUGGAGUGUGCAAGUAAUAAAAGAACUACUAAGUCUUUUAUCAAGCGAAUUCGCUAAAAAGUGAGAGAGUGUGUCUAUAAAAAUUUGCAACAAUAAAUGAACACUAAACCAAUAUCAGUAUAUAAAUUU